CGACCACCAUGACCAGCGUUAUCGGAUUCGACAUUGGCCAGUACGGCAGCAAGAUCGGUGCCGCCCGCAACCGUGGCAUCGACAUCCUCGUCAACGAGGUCUCGAACCGCGCGACGCCGUCGCUCGUCGCGUUCGGCCCGCGCUCGCGCAUGAUUGGCGAGUCGGCCAAGACGCAGGAGACGUCCAACUUCAAGAACACGGUCGGCUCGCUCAAGCGCCUUAUCGGCCGGACAUUCGAGGACUCGGACGUCGAGGUCGAGAAGCAGUUCAUGAACGCCGAGCUCGUCAAGGUCGGCAACACGGUUGGCGUCAACGUCAACUACCUCGGCGAGAAGACGACGUUCUCGGCGACGCAGCUGUACGCCAUGUACCUCGCCAAGCUGCGCGACACGGCGGCGCUCGAGCUCAAGUCGGCCGUCAACGACGUGACGGUCGCCGUCCCCGUGUGGUACACGGAGGCGCAGCGCCGCGCCGUCCUCGACGCCGCCGAGAUUGCCGGCCUCAACUGCCUGCGCCUCAUCAACGACACGACCGCGACCGCGCUCGGGUACGGCAUCACCAAGACGGACCUCCCGACGACCGAGGAGCCGUCCAAGAACAUCGCGUUCGUCGACAUUGGCCACUCGGACUACUCGGUCUCGAUCGUGUCGUUCAACAAGGGCCAGCUCGUCGUCCGCGCGACGGCGUUCGACCGUCACUUUGGUGGCCGCGACUUUGACCUCCUCCUCGUCAAGCACUUUGCCAAGGAGUUCGAGACCAAGUACAAGAUCGACGUCCUGUCGAACAAGAAGGCGACGUUCCGCCUGUCGGCCGCCGUCGAGAAGCUCAAGAAGAUCCUGUCGGCCAACCCGCUCGCGCCCCUCUCGGUCGAGUCGAUCAUGAACGACAUCGACGCGUCGUCGACCAUGGAGCGCGAGCAGUUCGAGGAGCUCAUCGCGCCCCUCCUCGAGCGCGCCACGGCCCCGCUCGAGCAGGCGCUCGCCGCGUCGGGCCUCACCAAGGACGACCUCGAGGCCGUCGAGCUCGUCGGUGGCUCGACCCGCGUCCCGGCGCUCAAGCAGCGCAUCCAGGACUACUUUGGCAAGCCCCUGUCGUUCACCUGCAACCAGGACGAGGCCAUCGCCCGUGGCGCGACGCUCGCGUGCGCCCAGGUGUCGCCCGUCUUCAAGGUCCGCGAGUUCACGACGACCGACGCCCAGCUGUUCCCGAUCAAGCUCGUGUGGGAGGCCUCGGCCGACGCCGCCGCCGACGAGGGCACCGAGAUUGUCGCAUUCGAUGUCGGCAACGCUAUCCCGUCGACCAAGGUCCUGUCGUUCCAGCGCUCCGAGGCGUUCGACCUCGAGGCGCGGUACGCCAACCCGGCCCAGCUCCCCGGCGGCGUCAAUCCGUUCAUCGGCAAGUACACCGUCAAGGGCGUCAAGCCCGCCGCCGAGGGCGGCAAGAGCCAGGUCAAGGUCAAGGCCCGCCUCAACCUGUCGGGCGUCCUCAGCUUCGAGGGCGCGACCCUGAUCGAGCAGGGCCCCGAGGAGGAGGAGGUUGCCGCGCCGGCGCCGAUGGAGACGGACGCCGCCGCCGCCGAGGGCGCCGACGCCGCUGCUGCCGCGCCCGCCGAGCCGGCCAAGAAGGUGCGCAAGACGGUCAAGACGGCGCUCCCGACCACGUCGGCCGGCCUCGGCCUCGACACGUCGCUCGUCAACGACUUCCGCGAGAAGGAGGGCCAGAUGCACUCGGCCGACAAGCUCGUCCUCGAGACCGAGGACCGCAAGAACGCGCUCGAGGAGUACGUGUACGAGAUCCGCGACCGCCUCGAGUCGUCGUGGAAGAAGUUCUCGUCGGACGACGACAAGACCAAGCUGCGCGAGCUCGCGACCCAGGCCGAGGACUGGCUGUACUCGGACGAGGGCGAGGACGCGACCAAGAGCGCCUACGUCGAGCGCCUCUCGGGCCUCAAGGCCCUCGGCGACCCGGUCCACCUGCGCAUGCGCGAGACGGACGACCGCCCGCGCGCCGCCGCCCAGCUGCGCGACCUCCUCAACGAGUACAACACCAAGAUGAGCAACGACGCCGAGGUCGCCCACAUCCCCGAGGACAAGCGCAUGAAGGUCAUCGAGACGGUCGCCAACGCCGAGUCGUGGCUCUCGAACAAGCUCGCGUCGCAGGCCGAGAAGAUGCCGUACGAGAAGCUGUCGCUCACCUCGACCGACAUCCUCAAGCGCAAGGACGAGGUCUUCAACGUGUGCGCCCCAAUCGUCACCAUCCCCAAGCCCAAGGCCAAGGUCGACGAGCCCAAGGUCGACGAGCCCAAGGAGGCGCCCUCGCCCAAGGACACGCCCGAGGCCGAGAUGAAGGACGCCGAAACUGGGGGCGAGCAGGCGCAAACCGGCGACGCAACUAUGGAGGAACUUGACUGAAGGGUUCCCUCCCUGCAUCUCCAUCUUCUGAUGUCUUAUGUAGCGAACGCCGCAGUGCAAAACCACCCCCCAAGCUCUUUAGAAUCUCUCCUCGUUCGCG